UUCUUUUCACUCCCUUUGUUCAUUCUUAUCAUCAACAUAUUAAUAAGAGAGACCAAAAAAAGAAAAAAAUAGAGAGAGAUGGCAUCAUCAAGAAGGGUGCAAAGAAAAAUGGUUGAUCACAGUAAGCUUCACCAAUUACGAACACUUACUAACUCCAAAUCAGUUAAAAAGAGCUCUAUAAUGCUGGAUGCCUUCCUUUACAUCAUCAAGCUGAGACUCCAGCUAGAAGCUAUCCAAAGAGAGUAUCACAACUUCUUAAACCAUGUCCAAGAAGUGAAGGUGGAGAAGCUUAUUGGGACAAGAUUUUUGGUGAAAGUGACUUGCAAAAAGGAGAAAGAUGUGCUAGUAUCAAUUUUGCAGGCGUUUGAAGAGAUGAAACUAAGUGUUGCUCAAGCCAGGGUUACAAGGAAGUACUUCUUUGGGAUGGAAGCUAUUGUGGAAGCUGAAAAUGAAACUAAUUUGGAUGUAAAAGCUUUGACUAAAGCACUUCAAAUGGCUAUCCACAAGCAAAGUAUAAUGUAGUGAAAAUAUUUUGAAUAAAAUCUUGUAGGAAUAUGAUAUUGGAAUUUAUUAUAACUCAUCUAAAAUUUUAAAUUUUUAAAGAA